AUGAUUUUCACAAUAUCCUCAAAGGAUGGAAUUCAUUCAUUCGAAAACUGGACAAACUCUUCUGCAUUAAUCUCAAAAUAUAACAACAUAUCUACACUCUUGAAUGAAAACGAAGAAAAAAGUAACCUCAUAGAACCACCCCUAAGUAUUCUAGAAAGUGACCUAACAGGUGUAAUUGGCCUCUCCAUUCUCAUCGGCUUCAUCAUCCUCUCGACCAUCGCCGGAAAUAUUUUCGUCCUUGCUGCCAUUCUCAGGGAACGCAAUCUUCAAACUUUGAGCAAUUACUUGGUCUUGUCGCUGGCCAUUGCCGACUUAAUGGUGGCCUGCCUGGUCAUGCCCAUCGGUGUCCAAUACGAAUUAAUGAACCAGGAAUGGAUCUUGGGAUCUGCGAUGUGUGAAAUAUGGACUUCGGGAGACGUCCUGUGUUGCACAGCCUCGAUACUGUACUUGGUGGCUAUUGCAGUGGACCGAUUUUGCGCCGUGACCAACAUCAAUUAUGUCCAGCAUCAGAGUCCUAGAAGAGUCGGGUUUAUGAUUGUGACCGUUUGGAGUGUCUCGUUUCUUGUUUCUUUUGCUCCGAUAUUGGGAUGGAAAGAUGAAGAUUUUUCGCUCAGAGUUAUGAAAAUAUUUUCAAUAACUUAUUGUUUAUGA